AUGGAAGCCGUGAACAAAGUCGUACAUGCUGCCUCAACCGCCAUAUGGGGUGAGCAGGACACGAAUUCGAACCAGCCAAACGAACAGAACGUCCCAUACGGCGAAGAGCCAAUCUCGGGCGUUCAAGGGAAAGGCCUCGCCAAUGACCCCUACGACGCCGGCAACCGCGAAGAACAACCCGAUGCACCAUUCUCAGACGCAAAUACAGCACCUCAGGAGCCGAGACUUGACAGCGCAAAACCACAAGUCUCCACAAAGGAUGCCGUGCCGGAUAUCAGGGCGGAUACAGCAACUGAGGCCAACGCGAACGCUGGCACUCCUAUCGCCGUGGGACUUUCGGCCCCGACAGCAGCUGCAGCUGCAGCUAGUGGAAGCAGCAAUGCCAAUACCGAGAGCAAGCCUGAGCAGCGCAGCGCAGAUCCGACUGAGGGCGAAGGCAGCCAAGCUCCGCAGGUUGAUGAUCAUAGCAAAGUGAGCGAGGAGGCCCUCAAGGGCCCGCAGGGUCCGGCACCACAUCCCGCGACGGAGUUUGAAAAAGAAGCUACUGGGAAGACGACGUCCAAGAAGGAUAUGUCACCAGCUGAGAAGAGUAGUUCGACAAGUAGCUCAACCGGCAGUCCACCCAAGAGUAACGACAAGUUGUCGCAUAGUAACGGGAGUGGGAAACACAGCCCCUUGCACAAAAUGAAGGAGAAGUUGAACAAAGUCGCCCACCCGCGACACCAUACCAACAAAUCGUGA